CGCUAACGGCGGAGACACGGAUGAUCAUUCACUGGAAUAUUGGCAGUACUAGCCGACGAGGUUAAAAUGCUAGUACACCAAUCGGUUUUCUUGGGUCAAGACAGUAAAGUUUGAUCUUCGUCGCCUUGUUGGUCCUCAGGCUACCUAGGAAUCUUGUUUUCAGGCUCGUUCAAAUCUUGGUUUCAGGCUACCUAGGAAAGAUAUAAUUUUGCAGACUAAAAAGUACCGCGGCCCACAACCUCUUGCUACUUUUUCCGCAAAAAUUCGUUUAGUACUCCUCUCCUGCUCGCCCCGUCACCCCAAACGUAGGAGCUGCAAAGUUUUUCCCCCCCACCUGGUAAGUAGGUCUUCUGGCAAAAGAACAAGUCCCCGGCGUUCUAUGACCUCUUGUUGCGUUUGCGCCGCCCCCGACACUCCUGAGCAUUCUAGUGCCGAAGCAGACGGCACUGGCGAAGAACACGCUUCCAGCACCGCCCGCGAAUCCGCGCAGCCAAGAGUCUCGGCGCCGCAAUCCGCCGGUACGGCCGCAAACAGUAGCAUCAAAAGCAGCUCGGCAGCUGCAGGUCCUGAUACAACCAAGAAGAAAUCUUCAAACAGCACCAUGGCCGAGGCGUCCUUCCCGAUCGACCUGUCCGGCGAUGGGCAGCUGAAGAAAAAGAUCCUGAAAGAGGGGACCGGCGCAAUGCCGCAGCAGCAGGAGAAGGUGUGGGCGCACUACACCGGGAAGCUGCUCGACGGGACGGUGUUCGACUCCUCCAUCCCAAAACCGCACCGGAAAAACGGGUUUGACUUCCGCAUCGGCGCUGGUUCGGUAAUAUCUGGCUGGGACGUGGGCGUGGCCUCGAUGAAAGUCGGGGAAAAAGCGGAGCUGCUCUGCGCGCCGGGGUACGCGUAUGGGGCACAAGGUACGUUUUACCACACUUGUUCCUUUAAGUUUGCACGGCAGCGUCGCGAAGACAGAGUGAGGAGAGAGAAACUCGACACAUUAUUUUGAUCCCAGUGGAACAAAUUACGUAUGCGAUACAUCAACAUAGCGAUUCGACGAGCGUUGACAAAAAUCUUCACAGGCACACCAGGUGGUCCGAUCCCACCCAAUGCCACGCUCGUUUUCGAAAUCGAGCUGCUCCACAUCGGGGACGAGCCGAAGCAGCUGUGAAAAUGAGAUAUAUUCCCGCGCAACAGAGGCAGACUGCAAGGUGCACAUAACUGACUUUAAUACACGGCAAAUCGGCAACGGCAUGUGCUGCUGAAGCAGCAUUCUACAACACCUGGCUCUGCUGCAUGUCAUUCUCCUAGAUGAAGGAACCAGUGCGGGCACGUUGUCGCUGGAUAGUGAGUGUUGUUUACUUAAGACAAUAAGACCGUAGACGCGAUCAUCGCAUGGUAACUAAGUGCGGCUCGAGGUGAGCGUCGGUUUUCCGCUUGUUUAAUAU